AUCCAUCAUUUGACAUAUCAAUCUGUGUCUGGUGCUUGGUAAUGCUAGCUCGCUGCUGCACAACCAUCAUGGGUUCAGCAGAAAAGAGAAAGGGAUUAGUUGAUAAAUUACCUAGGUUUUGCUUUUAGUUUAAUGUUUUGAUUGAACCACUAAUACUCAUAGGAUAGUUACUUAAGAACCAUGUGUUCAGUAGUUUGAUAGAAGAACAAGAUAUAAAGUGGUGACAUUGCUUUGGGCGGCGUUUGGAGAACAAUUUCUUAAUUAUGGGAUUGCCACAAGAUCCCUACAUUGGAACUUCUGAGAUUGCUGGGACAUCAAGCACCUUGGAGGAUGGUUUGCCUCUAAAUGAUGAGGGCACUUGUGAUUUGAGUGAGUUGGAAGCACAAAAUCCGAGAGUAAGCAUUGGACAUUGCUUUGAAUCUUCAUUUGGUGAUUGUAGGGGUAAAACCCCCUUGGGCGAAUUUAAAUUUCCAGGUGCUGUAGUUAAAGAGUCCACUGAUAUCAAGGUGGAUGUUCAUGGGUUAAGGACUGGUUCAAUGAAUAAGUUUGAUAUUUCAACACCUAAAUCUGUACAUAGUUUUAGGACAUCAUUUUCCAGAAUUGUGGGAUUUGAAUCUGGGAAAAAGGAUUUAUCUUCAGAUGCAUUUGAUGGAGCUUCAGCCACACAGGUUUUUGCAUCUGCGGGUAACGCCAACAUGAAUGAAAAAGAAAUUAGUGUGUCUAUGGCCAGGAAGAGAAUGUUGUCACCGUUAAACAAUAUGCUUUCUUCCCAACCAUUUGAUGGUGAUCAUAUAGAUAUUGGCUGCAACAAUUUCCAAGUAUAUGGUCAUGCCAAAACUGAUGAUCACAAGGUGAAGAAUUAUAAGAAAGCAAAUAUGGGAAUCAGUAAUUAUUCCUCUAACUUUAUGUGGCCUGAAUCUGAUCAUUCUGAGCAGAAUGUCUUGCAUAACUACAAUUGUACGCCCACUGUUCUUUCCACAGAUGGGCCAGUUCUGAAGGAAAAUGAAGUUGUAGCACCAUUCUUUUCACCUGGGUUUAAGGAUGUUAAAGAAUCAAGUAAGACAAGAAUGCAGACGAGGCCUAUACCAAUAUCUGCAGACAAGGUAGCCUUGUUGACUCGUUCUUCGUCUCCCCUAGGUCCAAGAUUUUCUGAGGGAGUGGCAGCUGAAGGAGCUUUCAGAAAUUUGAACAAGGAGGUAGAAGGAAAGCAUUCAUCAUUCAAGAAUGUGGAGAAUUCAGAUACAGAAAUGAUCUUGGGUACCAUAUUUGCAUCUAGUGAAGUGGAUUAUAGGAUGCCAAGUAAGUCACUUGAAGAAAUUGGUUAUUUAUGUGAUGAGAUUGGGUCCUGUUCUUCUAAAAGUUAUACAGGAAAGAGCUGGCCCUUCCACAAAAAUUUGGGAUCCAUCCCCCAUAUUCAGAUGUUAAGGGGAAAAGCAAGGGGUUUCCCUGUUAGGAGGUCACUGGUUGGUUCUUUUGAAGAAUCACUGUUAUCUGGACGGCUUUCAUCAGGAGACAUUAGCAAGAAAAUUGAUGGUUUUUUGGCUGUACUAAGUGUGAAUGGGGGGAACUUUUCACCAAAAGUACAGAAGCUUCCCUUUGCAGUUACCAGUGUUGAUGGAGAUAGUUACUUGCUGUACCAUGCGUCAAUAGAUCUUGCAGGGAACUCCUCAUCAAGCAAGGCCAGAAGGAAAAAUCGGAAAAGCGGCCUUCACAAUGAUGAUUCUCAAAGUGCUAAGAGCCGUUUGCGUAUUCCAAUGAAAGGGCGGAUACAACUGGUUCUAAGCAAUCCAGAGAAGACACCUCUUCAUACUUUCUUCUGUAAUUAUGAUUUGAGCGACAUGCCGGCAGGCACAAAGACUUUCCUACGGCAUAAGGUCACCCUUGCCUCAUCCGUUCCAACUUCCAGACAGGGGACAGAAGAGCUGCAAAGUUCAGAAAGUUGCUUCUCUGGUCAAAAAAUAACUGGAAACGGACGUGGUGGGUGCAACGGUUAUGCUUGCCAGGUCGAUGGAGACCUGGUUUCUAGCUGGGAGGAUGCUUCCCAUCAUGGAACUGACGAUAAAGAUAAUAGCGUAUGUUCGAGGGUGAAUAGAAACACUGCCACUGUUGGUGCUCUACGCUAUGCUCUUCAUCUUCGUUUUCUAUGCCCUCAUAGGAAAUGCUCAAGACCCGUUCAGAAGUUCAAAUCUGAUCCUUUGUCUACACCUCAACAAAAUAGCUUAGAUAAUGAUGGGGAGCGGAAGUUUUUCUUAUGCAGCGAUUUGAGAGUGGUGUUCCCACAGCGCCAUUCAGAUGCUGAUGAAGGGAAGUUAAACGUGGAAUACCAUUUCCCUGAAGAUCCAAAGUACUUUGAUAUCGGCUGCUGACAAUAACAUGAGUAUGUAUUUGAGGUUGAA